AGAGCAGCGCAUGCACGUACACUCGCGCACAAACCCACCUACCACGCAGAGACACAACCUCAGGCGCGCUCACGCAGACACACACGCAGGCACAGAAGGGCACACCGAGCAACUUCAUCUCCCAGCUCCAAGACACAGCCAGAGCCAGCUAAAAGACACAGCCCUGUAACAGCAGACCAGCAUGGAUUACCUGAAGAAGGGAUUCUCCAUGGCCAAGGAAGGCGCGGUGGCUGCAGCGGAGAAGACCAAGGCAGGGGUGGAGGGGGCAGCUGCCAAAACCAAGGAGGGGGUAAUGUAUGUGGGGAACAAGACAAAGGACGGAAUGGUAGCAGGUGUGAACACAGUGGCCCAGAGAACAACUGACCAAGCCAAUAUUGUCGGGGACGCAACGGUCGCCGGGGCCAACGAGCUGUCUCAGCAAACAGUGGAAGGGAUGGAGAACGCAGCGGUGAACUCCGGAUUGGUGAACCAGAGUGACUUCUCUCAGGGAGCUGAGCAGGCAGGACAGUAGGAGUGUUGGUUCUGACAUCAGUGAUCUGCAGCAGCCUCCCUCGUACUCUCUUCUGGAAGAAAUCCUGUGUUAGAUGCUGCUCGUCCUGCGUCUCCCAUUGCCAACUCUUGUUUCUGGGGGAGAACUACCAACCCCGGUGUGGCCCCCUCUGAUGCGUUCUUUGUGUGACUCGAUGGAAACUAAACAUUCUGAAAGAUCCUCCCCAUCCACAACACCCCUCACCCGUAUACCUUUAAYGUCCAUGUCCCUCACCCCUGACUGUUACCCACCUUACCACUGUGACCAUCCCCACCCCACCCUAUUCCCUUUGCCCACCACUCCAGAUCCUCCUACACGAUACCACGCAUACACAAACAUACAGGUCACACAUGCGUACACACCAGGACAUUGAGAAAGACUUCGCAGAACAAUACUUUGAGUCCUCUCCGAGAGGUUUGGCAAUGUGAGACUUACUGGUCGUGUGCACUCCGUCAGAUAAUGUAACACCUGUACUUAUACAGUAGAUGUACUUUUGUUAGUGUAUGCGUUGGUCAGGUUUGUUGAUGAAGAUGUGUUUGAAGUGAGUUAAUUUAACCCCUUGUGUCUUAAUGCCUGACAUCCCCGCAUCCUCAUUGUGACAGAACAGGGGGUGACACUUUAUUUAGAUAGUCCGGAUGGUCAUACGAUCAGCAAACUAUCUGUUGAUAAGCAACCGCUUGCUAAGGUUACUGCUAGGGUUAGGUUUAGAAUAAGGGUUAGGGUUAGUAGAUUAGUAGAUAGUUAGUUGAAAUGUUACUGACAGUCCAUCUGUAGAUACUCUACAGACUAUCCAAAUAAAGUGUUGCCAAACAGGGUUCAGGGUCAGAGUGAAGGUAUAGUUAUGGAUUAACAGCUCCGUCAUCCCUCAUAUUGUCUUUUUACUCCCCCAUCACAUGACCCAGGCAGUCUCGCACCUGCAAUGGGGCUGCAGUACAGACAGGGUACUCUGUAUCUCAUAAACAGAUCCUGUCUGUGGUGUUUCCUGCUGUCUCUGCGCCCAAACCUGGGUCUGCUAUAUAGAGAAAUCAAAGAGAGGAAGGUUACAUUAGGAGUUUGCAACGGCCUUUUUCUUGUGUUUGACUAGUUGCAAUGAAAGGCAAUAAAAAAGUAUAUGUAUGUAAGUGAUCAGAUUAAAGAUAUAGUAUAAUGCCCCCACUUCCUGAUUCAGUAUGUAUGCCUACCUCAGAAGUGGAUACGAGUAGUCGACAGGUGAAAUACCUUGACAUCCUGUACAUCUGGUCUUCGAGGAAUAGAAUUUCUCCACCCCCUCAUCACGCUUUCACUCUAUUCCUUCAUUCAAGCGACGCCUACGGUCACUCAACAAUGUACCCUGCCCUGUCUGUCUGCUUUCGGUGACUUACACAGGUCUUUUAAACCGUGACAGUGUUUGUCCUUUGAAGCCGUCUCAAACGAGACUGCGUGUUGCCUUACUAACAUCCAGACACAUAGACCCAGACACAUAUUCAUUGGUACUAAAAACACAACCUCACACAAAUUAAAAUUCACCUAUUACACACAUGUAUCCAAGAAUUAGAGGUUAAAUACACACUGACGCACACGUUCAUCCAGAAAUACGAAGAUACAUGUUGGCAUCAAAGCAGACCGCUUCUUUUAUAAACAGUACAACUGAACUGAAAUAAAUACAAUUUUAUUUAAAUCCAAAA